GUCCGAUGAACCGGGUCCGGUGUAUAGUCGUGUCCACUUUCUAAACCCAUAAACCCCUCUUGCAAGUUGCAACUAGCCUAUUCCUUCCGCAACGCUGACGCCGAAGGCCCAACUGGUCGCGUCGAUGCCGUCGAUCGCCGGCGGCGGACGCGGGCGCCUCUUCGCCGUGCACCGGGGCGUGAUCUGGUGGCAGCGCCACCGCCAGCACCCGCCCUUCUCUUCCCUAGCCGGUGGGGGAGGCCGAGGCGACGCGCCGCAUCUGCCGGUCCUGAUCGUCGGAGCUGGCCCCGUCGGGCUCGUCCUCUCCUUCCUCCUCACCAAAUUCGGGAUAAAAUGCGCUGUGAUAGAGAAGAAUGUGGAGUUCACUCGGCAUCCCCGAGCGCAUUUCAUCAAUAACCGCACUAUGGAGAUCUUCCGCAAGUUGGAUGGCUUGGCUGGGGAUAUCGAGAGGUCCCAGCCACCGGUGGAUUUGUGGAGGAAGUUUGUGUAUUGUACUUCACUCUCCGGUUCCAUUCUCGGAUCAGUUGAUCACAUGAAGCAAGAAGAUUUUGAUAAGAUCAUUAGUCCUAUAUCGGUUGCACACUUCUCACAGUACAAGUUAGUCGAUUUGCUACUGAAGAAGCUGGAAGGUAUUGGCUUUCGGACAUGCUUUCCUGAUGAGAUUGGUAGCUCGACUCAAGAUGUGGUACUGGAAAACAAGAUAUUGAUGGGACAUGAGUGCACCUCCCUUCAGCAGACUGAUAAGGGCAUUUUGAUUGGAACAUCAUUUAACAAUGGGGGGAGGAUACAGGAGAGAAAGCUACACUGUGGUCUUCUUCUAGGGACAGAUGGUGCAAGAAGCACAGUGCGUGAAUUGGCAGGUAUAUCUAUGGAGGGUGAAAGGGACUUGCAGAAACUGGUUAGUGUGCAUUUUCUUAGCAGAGAUCUAGGCAGAUAUCUAUCCAGUCAGAGACCUGGGAUGCUGUUCUUUAUUUUUAAUCCGGUUGCAGUUGGUGUACUGGUUGCACAUGACCUGGAGCAUGGGGAAUUUGUAUUGCAGAUUCCAUUUUAUCCUCCUCAGCAGAUGUUUGAAGAUUUUAGCGCUAAGGUAUGUGAGCAAAUUAUUGUCAAAUUAGUUGGAUGGGAGCCAGCAGAUGUUCAGGUUUUAGACAUAAAACCUUGGGCGAUGCAUGCUGAAGUUGCAGAGAAGUACAUCGGCUGCAACAAUCGUGUAAUCCUUGUUGGUGAUGCUGCUCACCGUUUUCCUCCUGCCGGUGGUUUUGGAAUGAACACUGGUGUUCAGGAUGCACAUAAUUUAGCUUGGAAAUUGUGCUUACUGCUGAAUGGUGUUGCUUCAUCAUCAAUUAUGCAAACUUAUGAAUCAGAGCGCCGACCUGUUGCUAUUUUUAAUACAGAACUUAGUAUGGAGAACUUCAAAGCAGCAAUGUCUAUUCCUGCUGCCCUUGGUCUUGAUCCAAUGGUUGCAAACUCAGUGCAUCAAGUAAUCAAUAGAAGCUUAGGAUCAGUUAUCCCGAGAAAUUUACAGAAAGCAGUUUUGGAAGGAUUGUUUUCCAUUGGUCGGGCACAGGUCUCAGACUACAUUCUGAAUGAGAAAAACCCCCUUGGGUCCUUGAGGCUAGCAAGAUUGAGAACUAUUUUUGAUGAAGGAAAAAGUCUACAACUGCAGUUCCCUGCAGAGGAUCUUGGCUUCUGCUAUGAAGAAGGAGCCCUAGUCACUGAAGAUUGUGCUAAAACCACUCAGAAAGCAGAAAAACUGAAGCAUUUGAAGAGGUCAUCAGAGUACAUGCCAUCAGCCCAGGUUGGUUCACGGCUACCACACAUGCUAGUAAAAGCACUGUCUGCUUCAAGUGAGGGUGUAUUCUCAACACUGAACCUAGUAAGCGGGGACAAACUCGAGUUUGUUCUCAUUACCGCACCACUGAAAGAGUCUUAUGAGCUUGCCCGUGCUACCCUCAAGAUAGCAGAUGAGUUUAAGUUGUCAGCCAAAGUAUGUGUCAUAUGGCCACAAGGCUCGGCUGAUGCAGAAGUGGAAGAGAGCAGAUCUGAGUUGGCACCCUGGACGAACUAUGUCGAUGUUGAGGAAGUACCUAGAGCAUCUGGUAGUUCAUGGUGGGAGAUGUGUCAGAUUAGUAUGAAAAGUGUCAUUUUGGUUAGGCCUGAUGAGCACAUAGCAUGGAGAACGGAAUCUGACACGGUGAGAGAUGCUGAUUCAGAAGUUAGGCGAGUCUUCUCUCAAAUUCUGUGCCUAAAUAGUCACCAAACGUGCAAAUUUCCAUUCGCUCAUUGACUGGGUUUUGCGGUGCCAGUAAAUCUUAGCCCCUUUUUCUUUGUAA